AUGUCACAACAACAACUAACGAAUGAGCAGAUUGUUGCAAACUAUAAAGAGAUGAAGCAACAACAGAGUACUAUCAUGUCAAAGAUAUCAGAGAUAGAGGCUGAUCAAGGCGAAUACAAUCUUGUAAUCAGUGCCAUCGAGCACCUAGAGCCAUCCAGAAAGUGUUUCAGAAUGAUUGGAGGUGUAUUGGUCGAGAGAACUGUCGGUGAUGUACUGCCUGUAGUCAAGCAAAACAGAGAUGGAAUAAAGGAUUUAGUACAGAGAUUGGAAGAACAGCUUACAGCAAAGACAAAGGAGCUGAAUGACUAUGCAGCAAAGUACAACAUCAGGGUUGGACCAGCACAAUAA